AUGGGUCUUCUCUCGUCCACGACCCUCAUCAAGGGGCAUGCGUUGUUCCUCUUCAUUCUCGCCGUGUACCUGACGAGGUCUCCGGAAGUUGUCACGGAGUCGGAUGUCGUGUUUAUGCUGGGAGAAGUGUUGCAGAUCGAUGCAGCCCCGUCGCUCUCGCGUCCCCAAUCGCCCUUCGCGCUCUGCGGAAUCCUCCUCGUUGCCGACGCCCUAGUUGAUCUCGUCCUGGUCACCAAAAUCCCCCAGAUGAAUGAAGUCCUUGCGAUGGCCUCGGCCGCUCGAUCCCAAUCUCCCGUCCCCGUGGCAGGAGCUCUGCGAAUGAACCCCUUCUUGGACCGCCUAGCCUCCCUCUACUCCGAAAUCUGGACCCUGCUCUCCGCCUCACGCUUCUGUCUCUUCUUCUCCGUUUCAUUCUUUAUCUACCAGAGCAAGCCGUCGGCUUGGGGGGUGAACGACACGCGGUCCGCAUUGGGAUACGGGGCCGCGCAGGAAGCGGCUUCCGGCCUCGACCAGCUGAAAAAUCGGGUGAUCUUUACUUAUGGAUUCAUGGAAAUGAUGUUUUGGCUAUGGAUAUAUCUCAAGCUUCGUGAAGAGCGGCAAGAGAUUGCUGCUCGCAUUGCGGAGCGAGAUCAGUGA